GAGCUAUACGAUUCCGGCGAAGUCGUGCGGUGCGAGCUCUGUCGGGGUGGUUGCCGGGGCGCAGAAGCUGUACUAUGUCCCCAAAACUCCGCCCGGAGGGCUUCCUGCUUUGGUUCGCAAACGGCUGGGUUUGAAGGCGCAGGUCUUUCCCAAUACGUCAGGGAUGAAUAUCACCUGGGCCAAGUUUGGCAUGGCUUUCGGUUGGGAGAUCGCUGCGAUCUGUUCGGUGCAGAAAGAGGUAGAGCCGGCUAUCUCAACUGAAGCCGAGCUUAUUCGUCGCUGGAAGGAGGUCUUUCCUAAUGCACCGGAGGUGCUUCCCAUGAUGAUGGCUCCUGCUGGGGCUUGA